CCUUCUCCUUUAUACUACUACUUCCAUAAAACACAUUUCAUUCUCUUUUUUUUUAAUGGUCUAAAAAUACCUCAAAUUAUGAAAAUAGUACAAGUUGCUUGGAUCUCAAUCAAAAAGGUAUGAUCUUUUUAUACAUACAUAUCUUCUGUAUCUAUAUACUAAAACUUUCAUUUAAGGACUUAGGGUUUUGAUAUAUCCAUAUAUAUAGCUUAUUUAUAUAUAGAUCAUAUAGAUAUAGAUAUAGGUAUAGAUAUAGUAUAAGUAUGUUCAAGAUUAUUAAAGGGAAGAAAAAGGGAUUGAAACAAGAAGCAAUAGAACCACCACCAGGGCCCAACAUUUCAUCAGAUGUGACUAUAAACCACGCGUCGAGAUCGGCUGCUGUUCCUAGUGAUCAGCAGCCUAGUGUGAGGUCACUGGCUGUGGCGGAAAUGGGUAUUUCGCCACAGCAGCCUGGUGUGAUUGAGGUGUUGCCCAUGUUGAAAGAUGUCCCUGUGGCGGACCGACAUGUUUUGUUUCUGAAAAAGUUGCAGAUCUGUUGUUGUAUCUUCGAUUUUUCGAGUAGUUUAAAGAAUGUUAAGGAAAAAGAGAUAAAGAAACAGACUUUGAUGGAGCUUGUUGAGUUGGUUCAGUCGGGGUCGAGUAAAAUGAAUGAGAUAAUGCAGGGGGAAAUGGUUAAGAUGAUAUCGGUGAAUAUCUUUAGGUGUUUGCCUCCUCAAGCACACGAGAAUACCGGAACUGAAAGUCUUGACCCUGAAGAGGAUGAUAUGUUUUUGGAUCCGUGUUGGCCUCAUUUGCAACUUGUUUAUGAAUUGCUUUUGAGAUAUGUGGUGUCUUCUGAUACAGAUACUAAAGUGGCUAAACGAUAUGUUAACCAUUCGUUUGUGUUGAAUUUGCUUGAUUUGUUUGAUACAGAAGAUCCACGGGAACGUGAGUAUUUAAAGACUAUUCUUCAUCGUGUGUAUGGUAAAUUUAUGGUUCAUCGUCCUUUUAUAAGAAAGGCGAUAAAUAAUAUUUUCUAUAGGUUUAUAUUUGAAACCGAGAGGCAUCCUGGUAUCAGCGAGUUAUUGGAGAUUCUUGGAAGUAUAAUUAACGGUUUUGCAGUUCCAAUGAAGGAAGAACAUAAGUUGUUUCUUUCACGGGCUCUUAUCCCACUUCAUAAGCCAAAGUCUAUUAAUUUAUAUCAUCAACAAUUGUCAUACUGUGUAACGCAGUUUGUCGAAAAAGAUUAUAAGUUGGCUGAUAUAGUUAUCAAAGGGCUAUUGAAGUACUGGCCUGUUACAAAUUGUGCAAAGGAAAUUCUAUUUCUGGGAGAGUUAGAAGAAGUUUUGGACGCUACUCAAAAUGCAGAGUUCCAACACUGCAUGGUUCCUCUCUUUCGAAGGAUUGGAUGUUGCAUCAAUAGCUCUCAUUUCCAGGUUGCAGAACGUGCACUAUUUUUGUGGAACAAUGAACGUGUAGUGAGCUUAAUUGCGCUGAAUCGAGACGUCAUUUUACCCAUUAUUUUUGAUUCAUUAGAAAAGAAUAUACAGGGUCACUGGAACCAAGCAAUCAACGAACUAACUACAAAUGUCAGAAGAAUGUUCAUGGAAAUGGAUCCUGAGCUCUUUGAAGAGUGCCAGACACGAUAUAUGGACAAAGAAGCCAUGGUCAACGAAAACCUUAAGCAACGUGAGUUGACUUGGAAGAAACUCGAGUCCAUUGCCUCCCAAGCUACAUGAAAUUAUAUGGUUCUGGUGAAUUGAUACAACAGUGGAAAUGAUAAAGGCUUUCGACCUCCUCUUCUUAUAAAGAUUUUUUUUUUCCCUAUCGUUUUCUUUGCUUUUUACUUUUGGGUUUUCGAUAGGUAAGCUGUAUCAUCUGUUGUUAUAAUUACUAAUACGUUUUAUACCUUUUAGUAAUAAUGGGACAGAUGAUAUGUAAAAGUUGUAUGUUAAACCUCAUAGGAUGUUUUAUGCAGACAAGUUGUUCAUGUAUCUUUUCUGUGGUCAAAUGAAAUAUUCUGACCAUCUUUUGUGUGAAUACAAAAAAUUACAUACAUGUGAAACCACUAUUCUUUACAAUGUGGUUGUUUUUC